GUGCCCGCGCACGGGGGCUGUGCUCUGCUCUCUCUGCUCUCUGACCCCAGUGGCAGCACCGUCUCACUGCACUCCGGCUCCUCGUCUGUCAGCUCCUCGUCUGUCUGUCUCUCUCUCUUUCUCCCCCCCUCUAUCCCUCUCUCUCUCUCUCUCUCUCUCUCCCUCCCCUCCUGUCUGUCUGGUUUCCACAUGAGCCCGCCGCUGAGGUCCCCUAGGGUCGAAGGUUCUGCCCUACCCGCCCAGACCGCGACCCCGACGGCCGCUAGUAGAACCCUCUCCCCUUGUGUUGCACGGAUCUGCGUCUUCUGACACCGUAGAGGGCGACCCCGAGGCUCCAGACCCGCCGACCCCGAGGCUCCAGAUCGCCGACCCCGAGGCUCCACAGCGGCCGGAACAGAGACCGAGCCCCAGACCCAGACAGCUCGACAGGUGAGGUAGUCUGGUGUUCCCACACGCCUCCUCCCCCCCCCCCCCCCCGCUCACCUCAUCGCGGCGGUUCUGAAGGAUGACCGCGCUGCCCGUGCGCUCCCCAUCUUGGUGACCUGGCGUCUGAUGUCCCAACGGCGGAAGCAUCAUGGCUCAUGGCAAAUCGACGAUUACCGUGGACGAGUACAGCUCCAACCCCACGCAGGCCUUCACACACUACAACAUCAACCAGAGCCGCUUUCAACCCCCGCACGUCCACAUGGUCGACCCCAUCCCCUACGACACCCCCAAGCCGACGGGACACACCCGGUUCGUGUGCGUGUCGGACACACACUCUCGUACGGAUGGCAUCCAGAUGCCCUACGGGGACGUGCUCCUGCACACCGGGGACUUCACUGAGCUGGGCCUGCCCUCAGAGGUGAAGAAGUUCAACGACUGGCUAGGCGGCCUCCCGUACGACUUCAAGGUGGUGAUCGCCGGCAACCACGAGCUGACCUUCGACAAGGACUUCAUGGCGGAGCUGGUGAAACAGGAUUACUACCGCUUCCCGUCCGUCUCCAAGCUGAAGCCAGAGGACUUCGACAACGUGCAGUCGCUGCUCACCAACUGCGUGUACCUGCAGGACUCGGACGUCACCGUCAAGGGCUUUCGGAUAUACGGCACUCCAUGGUGAGUCACUCUCGUUCGAAGUGUGUUUGUGUGUGUGU